UUUACAGUAAAAAAACAUGCCACGUGUCAGAUUGACACUCUCUCAAUUCUCUGGUCAUCUUCAACCUCCAAUUAAGAGGAUAAAAUAUCAAAAUAUCAGACUACAGUUAGCAAGUGAAACUCCACCAAAAAAAAUUAUCUGUUGCUGUCUCUCACAAGUCAUGGCCGUAGCAUCUCAAGUCUCAGCUUCUCUUUGCCUCUCAAUCGCUCAUUCUUGCAGUGUUAGUUCAUCAAGAACUCAUGCUGUUUUUCGACUACCCGGUUCGAGGUUAGCUCCAAUUAAGACAACGUUUGCUACUGGCUUGCCUCUGAUUUUGACAUCAAGAACUUCUCACCAGACAAGACGUGCAAGCAAUGCAACAUUGGUUUCAGUUAGAAGCGAGCAAAGCACCCAAGGCAACGGUUUAGAUGUAUGGCUUGGGCGAUUUGCAAUGAUUGGCUUUGCCGCAGCUAUCAGUGUAGAAGUAGCCACCGGGAAGGGACUUUUGGAGAAUUUUGGGCUUACAUCCCCCUUGCCAACAGUAGCCUUGGCAGUAACGGGAUUGGUGGGAGUCUUAACAGCUGUUUUCAUAUUCCAGUCAGCUUCUGAGAAUUGAUUCAACUCAAGCUCCUUGUUCGGUAAAGUUUUGUCAUGGAAAAGAUCUCUAAGGUUUCAUUUUUCUUUGUUUCCAAAUGUAAUGUAUAUUCAAUUCUAAGAAUGGAGUAACACUGAGAAUGUAAAACUGAUUGAAUCUAUAAUAUGUGUGCAACUUUUCCCUCCGA